AUGGCCCUAAAGAUUGUGAGCAGCCAGUUAUUUCCUGCGGCAUGUUUCAGGAACAUUCACUGUACUGCAGCUUGUUUGAAGAACCGCGCAGCUCGUAUUCGAGUGGGUAAAGGAGACAAGUCAGUGACUUAUGAGCAGGCGUAUCACCCUCAUCACAUCGGCCACAGGAAGGGCUGGCUCUCACAGCACACCAGUAAUCUUCAGGGUGAAGAUGGAGCGGCGGAGCGUGUAGUGGAGGACGUCUUCAUCAGACGCUUCAUGUACGGCACGUUUCACGGCUGUUUAGCGGAUGAGGUGGUGAUCAAACGCAGAGGAAACCUCCUGGUCAUCUGUGCUGUGAUGAUACAGAAACUCUUACCGUCGAAAUUCUACUUUCUCAUUGGUUACACAGAGGAACUGCUCUCCCAUUUCUACAAAUGUCCAGUUAAAAUUGAGAUGCAGACGGUAGAAGAAAAAGUAGUCUACAAAUAUCUUUAAGGCCAUGUGUUGUGGGGAAAAGCAUAACUAAUUUCUCUAUUUAUUUGUAUGCUUUACACUGUCCAGUAAGUGUCAAUGAAGGUUUUUUUUAUUUUUUAUUUGGGAAAUCAUUAGUAAAAAUAUUCUCAUGAUAGUAACGUGAAAGGGUCUUAUACUGUGUUUAUUUGUAAAGAUCAAAAUAUUUCUUUGGGGUUGGAAAUUAAUAGGGGUUUGGUGCAAAAAAUCCCACAAGAAUGCAUAGUUAUACGAACUAAAAAGCCACAUUUUAAGAUUUAAUACAAUUUCGUUAAUGCAUCGUUUUGUUUUUUUUGUUGCGUUUAGCAUUGCAACCAAUCACACGUUUCUGUCGAGCGUAUGAAUGCAGUGGCCAAUCAGAUUAGAUUAGUUACCAGUAAUGAAGAAAAUGCCAAAUUGAUUAAAUUAAUUGAAUAAAUAAGUAUUUAACAUAAAAGACAACACAAAUACAUAUAAGAUAAUUCUGUUUACAAAAGGUAAAAAAAUGGCCCUUCAAAUAAAAAUAU